GAAUGGAACUCCUUGUGAGAGCGCGCAGCAGCAAGCAAGCAAGCGCGGCAGCGGCUAGCAGCAGCUUUCCCACAGCUCGCUUUACCCCUCGCAACGAGCACCACUAAUCGCUAGAGAGAGAAGAAACAACUGCACUUAUUAAUUAUUACCACGCACUUUCUCUCUCCGUCUCUCACAUCCAUCCCUGUCCUCCUCCCUCUCCCAGCCCCCUCUUCCUCCGACGCGCGCGCGGAGGAGAUCGAUCCAAGCGCGCGGGCGGUCAAUGCGAACGCCAAAGGCAGAUGAAUCGCUUCGCCUCCCUUCCCGAUCGGCCGUGCCGUCCAACUAGCUAGCCAGCUAGCCGGGUCAAAUUCACUCACGCAGCGAGAGGAGAGGAGAGAGAAAGAGAGAGAGGAGCGGGCAGGGCAGACAGAUAGGAGUGGUAGAUAUAGAUAGGCUGCGGGCUCAUCGCGGAUAGAUCCCCCCGCCUCCUCUUCACUCUCCCCCAGCAAGCAACCAAGCAGCCAGCCAGUCUCCGCCGCGCAGGCAGGGGGACCGCGUCCGCGUCGCAUCAAAGCCGCUGCCCGCAACAGGGACAGGCAGGCGCGCGCUCGCAAGGAGGCGAAGAGCGAGGAGGAGGACGGAGGAGGAGGCCAGGGCGUAGUAGCUACAGCUAUGGAGUUCGCGAGCUCUUCCAGUAGGUUUUCCAAAGAGGAGGACGAGGAGGAGGAAGGGGAGGAAGAGGACGAGGAGGCGUCCCCGCGCGAGAUCCCCUUCAUGACAGCGGCGGCUGCGACGGCCGACACCGGACCCGCCGCCGCCUCCUCGUCCUCGCCUUCCGCGGCGGGGGCCUCGGCGUCCGCGUCGGGUUCGGCUGCUGCCCUCCGCUCCGGCGACGGCGCCGGGGCGUCCGGUAGCGGCGGCGGCGGCGGCGGGAGCGACGACGUGGAGGUGAUCGAGAAGGAGCACAUGUUCGACAAGGUGGUGACGCCCAGCGACGUGGGGAAGCUCAACCGGCUGGUGAUCCCGAAGCAGCACGCGGAGAAGUACUUCCCGCUGGACGCGGCGGCCAACGAGAAGGGCCUCCUGCUCAGCUUCGAGGACCGCGCCGGCAAGCUCUGGCGCUUCCGCUACUCCUACUGGAACAGCAGCCAGAGCUACGUCAUGACCAAGGGCUGGAGCCGCUUCGUCAAGGAGAAGCGCCUCGACGCCGGGGACACCGUCUCCUUCUGCCGCGGCGCCGGGGAGGCCGCGAGGGACCGCCUCUUCAUCGACUGGAAGCGACGCGCCGACUCCCGCGACCCGCACCGGAUGCCACGACUCCCGCUCCCGAUGGCGCCCGUCGCGUCGCCCUACGGCCUUGGGCCCUGGGGCGGCGGCGCGGGCGGUUUCUUCAUGCCGCCCGCGCCGCCCGCCACACUCUACGAGCACCACCGCUUCCGCCAGGCCCUUGACUUCCGCAACAUCAACGCCGCCGCCGCGCCGGCCAGGCAGCUCCUCUUCUUCGGCUCACAAGGCAUGCCCCCGCGCGCGUCCAUGCCGCUACAGCAGCAGCAGCCGCAGCCGCAGCCGUCGCUUCCGCCCCCGCCCCCGCCUCUGCACAGCAUUAUGAUGGUGCAACCCGGCAGCCCCGCGGUCACGCACGGCUUGCCCAUGGUUCUCGACUCGGUGCCGCUCGUCAACAGCCCAACGGCAGCCGCGAAGCGAGUCCGCCUGUUUGGGGUCAACCUCGACAACCCGCAACAAGGCAGCAGUGCCGAGUCAAGCCAAGACGCCAACGCAUUGUCGCUGAGGAUGCCGGGAUGGCAACGGCCGGGGCCAUUGAGGUUCUUCGAAUCGCCUCAACGCGGCGCCGCCGAGUCAUCUGCAGCCUCGUCGCCGUCGUCAUCAUCGUCCUCCAAGAGAGAAGCGCAUUCGUCAUUGGAUCUCGAUCUGUGAGCGCGAGAUCAUCGAUCAGCUUGGCGCCGACCUCGAUCGAUCGGGAGAGUAAAAAAAAGGAAAGUUGAGCAAUUCUUCCUUCCGUCUGCUACCUUCUUCUUCACCUUUUGAGAUUCCAUUAUAACUUUUGAUGAUAGGAUCUAGAGUAACCUUCUUAACACUUGUUCUCCAAUUUUUGUUUCGGCCAUUCAAAUUCUUAUGUUGGCUUGACAAUAUAUAGAGAGAAGUUAGGUGAAUUAAUCAAUUAUUAUUGCUUCCAUAUGGCACAGUUUUUGCUUCGCUACUAUUGCUUUAUCCUUUUUUGCU